UUCAACCCGGUUCACGUGCACAGACGAGAGAGAGCAGCAAACAAACAAAGAAAGCCAAAGCCUUUUCAUUCAUUUCAUUUUAAGUAUUUCUGAUUUCCCUCUCGCUGUAAGUUUGAAAGCUGGAAAAAAUUUGGUUUGCUAAGGACUGGUAGUCUCAGGACCAGACAAGGGCACGCCACCUGAAAGUUGGUCCAAGUUUCGAAGCCUGUCCCCCGUUCUGAUAUCCUACGUCACUGUGGGGCCGAAACCAAAUCCAGGCAGCUUGGUUUAUUCUUUUCAUUUUGCGAACUCACUCAUUUCUUCACUCAUUUCUCUCUGCUUUUUCAAGCCUUGAGCUCUCACGCGCAAGCCACCCCUCCGGACCCCCUUUUUUUUUUCUUGCUUCUCCUUCAGCUAUUUGUAAUCGUGCUUGCCACUGCUGCGAUGUGUUGAGGUCUUGUUCCAGCGAUUUCCACGCCUGAGGAAGUAUAUUAUUUCUUUUUUCUGCGUCUCUUGUUGAGGUUGAUGAUAGUAGUCAGGGCCAGGCGCAGUCAUUUGUCUCCCACUUCUGCUCUGUUACAGCUGUUUAUGACCCUGCCUUAUCCCGCUUUUGGCAUUAAAAUACUCUGCAGUUGUUUAUGCAUUCUUCAGAUCCAAGACUGAUCUUUUGUUUGUUUAGGUUAGGCAGUUCUGAGGUUGCCUUUUGGCUCAGAUCCCUAGUUUAUUUUGCAUUCUAUAAAGUACAGCAAAGCUCCUCUUCUCGCCUCUCGUUUCUACAGGAUUUUCAGAGCAGGAAUUCUCGUAUUUAAUCCGCGGCCGAUCCCUGCAUUUGUGAAGAUCAUUCUCGCUGGACCUUAAGGCGUGGUGCUUUUACGGCGAAGCUGUGUUGUUUUCAAGUUUGCCGCGGUUACUUCACACAUUGGACCGUAAAUAGGUUGUCAAUUUCGUCUGAAUAGGAAUUCAUUCUCCAAAAUGGAUAGUACGCAAUCUCAUGUUCCUCCGGGAUUCAGGUUCCAUCCUACGGAUGAAGAGCUCGUAGGUUAUUAUCUUAAGAAGAAAGUUGCCUCUAAAAGAAUUGAUUUGGACGUCAUUAGAGACAUUGAUCUUUACAGACUUGAGCCCUGGGAUCUCCAAGAGCGGUGCAGGAUAGGUUAUGAAGAACAAACUGAAUGGUAUUUCUUCAGUCAUAAGGAUAAAAAGUAUCCCACAGGUACACGAACAAACAGGGCUACUGUAGCUGGUUUUUGGAAAGCCACAGGCAGAGACAAAGCAAUUUAUGCAAAGAUGAAACUCAUUGGCAUGAGAAAGACAUUGGUGUUCUACAAAGGCCGUGCACCCAAUGGUCAGAAGACUGACUGGAUUAUGCAUGAAUAUAGGCUUGAGACAGACGAGAAUGGUCCUCCACAGGAAGAAGGAUGGGUUGUUUGCCGUGCCUUUAAGAAACGAACCAGUGUCCAAAACAAGCUUAAAGUAAUAGAUUUGGACUCAGCUUCUUUUUAUGAAGAUCAGUCCGCUUUCUUACCUGAACUAGGUUCUGCAAAUACCAAUUUUACACAGGGAGUACACCAAUUCGGAUACCAAAAUCCAUUUACCUGCAAGCAAGAGCUUGAACAACUUGACUACCAAUUUCAGCAUGACCCAUUUCUCCAACUGCCUCAACUGGAGAGCCCAAAACUUGCUUGUAAUACUAAUUCUUCUUCUACUUCUGCUGACAAAAGGCCUGAAUACAAUGAAUACUCCAUGACACGUUUGUUAGAGUCUGCUAACAUAGAAGACCUUCUAACACAGUCAGGACGUAGUUCCAGAGAAGUACUAGUACAACAGCAACAGCAACAGCAGCAGCAACAAAUUAUAGGUCCAAUGUACAUGGAAGAGCAGGUCACAGACUGGAGAAUGCUGGACAAAUUCGUUGCAUCACAGCUGAGUCAGAGUCAGGAUGAAUUUUCUGAUGAAGUGAGUGCUUUGUAUAAUCCCAUGUCAGCUGAUAUGCAGGCUUUAGUUCGCCGUCAGAGUAGGCUGCCACAAACACCAGAUUAUGCAGCAGCAUCCAGCUCUCAUUGUGAUGACAACAUAUGGGCUUUUGGAAAAUAAGUCAGAUUGUGAAGCUUUUCCUUCAAUUGAUUAAGCUGUCAUGUAAAUAACAAUCAAGACCACGUACAAGGAAAGCAUGCAAUGCAGCUCUAUCUGUCAGUAGUCCUGAUGGAAAUGGGGAUGGUAGCAAUAAUAUUUAACUGUGCACAAGGUAAUAGGGGGAUAGAGGCUCGGCUUGCAAUUGAACUCUCUGAGUCCUCUCUAAUAUUCACUUAAGGGAAUUGUAUAAAUAAACAUUCUGCGUGGUCUACUGGCUGUACAUUCCACAAUGUAGUUACAGAUACGUACCUUCAGUGCAGGAUCUGUUCUAAAGUGUAUCUUCUCAGAAUUCGUAGUUGUUAGGGUCCGUCCUUUAACAGUCUGUUGACAGGUUUAUGUGACUGUGUGUGUACGUGUUUCAAUCUAAAAAUAAAUAAGUACAAAACUUUGAG